GCAUCAGCUGGCGGAGCAGAGCAGCAGGACGGGGUGUUGCAGCAGCCGGGCUUUGGCCACCACUCUCCCAGGAGCAAACAAUUCGGCCGGCUCACACUUCUCAAAGUGAAGCAUGUUUGAUAACGCUCACUAUCCUUUCAACUGUUUCAACUACGACGGGGACGGAUACCCUUCUUCCAGCACUGAUGAGGAGAAAAAAAUGUGCAGACCCGCUUACAGCUACAUCGCUCUGAUCGCCAUGGCCAUCCAGCAGAGCCCCGAGCAGCGGGUCACUCUGUCCGGCAUCUACGAGUUCAUCAUGAGGAGGUUCCCGUACUACCGGUCCAACCAGAGAGCCUGGCAGAACUCCAUCAGACACAACCUGUCUCUCAACAGCUGCUUCAUCAAGGUUCCUCGGACUGAGGGCAACGAGAAAGGAAAAGGAAACUACUGGACUUUCGCCACCGGCUGUGAAUCCAUGCUCGACCUGUUUGAAAACGGCAACUUCCGCCGUCGCAGGCGUCGGAGGAACAUGAAACUCGGCAUCCGGGAUUCAGGAGAGAGCCCUUUCCACCCCGUGGAGAGCCACGGCAGUCAGCCCGUGCCCUCCAGUCAGCGCCCAGAACCCGACUCCACCCUCUGCUCCCUGAACCCGGAGAGGCCGAGGCCCGGUCCGCCACAGAACCACGUCAUCCAUAACCCCACCCCGCAGGGAAAACCGGAGUCGCAGAUCAAGUUCAGCAUUGACUACAUUCUCUCCACCCCGGACCCCCCCACGUCUGGGUUCAGGUCCUCUCACGGGCCCGUCCACAUCGUGCCCACCGGGCCCUCGGUUCAUGUUCUGGAGCCUCAACAUCUAAACUUGCAUUUUUGGACUCUUUGAUAAAGACAAGCAGAGACUGAACCCGUUCUGUCAGGGUCCAAAACUGGGACUAUAAGGACAUCCAAAGACAAAAAAACCUCCAUUAGAGGAAUUUUAUUUAAUUUGAAAACGUUAAACAGGGAGAGGAACAGAAGCGUCCGAGGAUUUAUUAAAAACUCCAGAUGUUGUUAUGCCAUAUGUGCAGUGUCUAGUGCUGACAUAGAUUAGAUUCAUACUAUCCACAACUUUGAUGUUCACUUCAAAUUAGUUAAAAAAGGCAGAAAAUUCAGACAAAGUUAAGGAACUGUUGCUGCUUGAAACUACAGAAGGUGAAAUUGUUUCUGCAUAAAAAAGAAAAUGACUCUAAAUUUUACAGCUUUGGUUUGACUUCUAUACUUUUCUUUUAACGUUCACAUUAUGGUGGAUUUUAAACCUGAUGUGCUCAAAGAUCCUAAGCAGCAAAGCAUAAAAUGAAACGUGUGAACACUCAUGCAAAGUCAGUAAAAAGACUGAAUAUCUCUGAAUCUAUGUGUUUAAUUGCUGAACCCCCCAUUUCAAAUUAUUCAUGGCAAAGUCUGCUUUAUUUUCAAUAAUGAACAAUUACACAACUUGAUGUCUUCCAGCAUUAAACUGCAAACAGUGACCCAUGCAUCCAAGAGGAAAACAAAUUAUAAAGUAUAUUUCUGACUGGAAAUUAGGUCUUUUUGUUUGUGACUUCAUUAGAAAACUGUCCUUGUGUGUUGUCUAU